AUGAAGUCUUCCGCCGUCAUUGCAACGGCAGCCCUUGCUGCCGCGCCCUUUGCCGCCGCCGCCGCCGUCCUCCACAAGCGCGCUGAUGACUCGUGUCGUUGCCUUCCCGGUGACGCCUGCUGGCCCUCUACGGACUCGUGGAACACCCUCAACACCACCGUUGACGGCAAGCUCAUCGCUACCGUGCCCAUCGGCUCGGUCUGCCACGACCCUAACUACGAUGAGGCCGCAUGCACGGCGUUGCGCGCGGCUUGGACUCUCCCUGAGACUCACUUCCCCUCCUCAUCUUCCGUGAUGCAGAGCUACUUCGCCAACCAGUCCUGCGAUCCCUUCACCGACCGCACUACCCCCUGCCUGCUCGGCAACUACGUCAACUACGCCGUCGAGGUGACCUCCGCCCAGGACGUCGUCGAGACCGUCAACUUUGCGCGGGAGAACAACAUCCGUUUCCUGGUUCGCAACACGGGCCAUGACCAUCUUGGUCGAUCAACCGGUGCCGGUGCUCUCGCCGCCUGGACCCACAAGCUCAAGGACAUUACCGUGACCAGCUGGUCCGACGACCUCUGGAACGGUCCCGCCAUCAAACUCGGCGCCGGUGUUCUUGGUUACGAGAUUACCGAGGCCAGUAAGUCCGCCGGUCUCGUCGUUGUCGGCGGCGAGUGCCCCACUGUCGGCCCCGCCGGUGGCUACAUCCAGGGCGGUGGUCACUCCGCGCUCACCACCAACUUCGGCAUGGCCGCCGAUCAGGCGCUCGAGUUCGAGGUCGUCACUGCCGACGGCAAGAUCGUCACCGCCUCCCGCAAGGAGAACGCAGACCUCUUCUGGGCCCUCAGCGGUGGUGGCCCCGGUACCUUUGGCGUCGUCACGUCCGUCACCGUCCGCGCUUACCCUGAUGCCAACGUCGGCGGUGUUGGUCUGCAGACCGCCGCGGCUUACACUACCCAAGAGAAGUGGUGGCAGAUGCUCGACUCCUUCCACUCUCUCCUUCCCGGCAUGACCGACAAGGGCGCCAUGGUCGUCUUCCUCUACAGCAGCUCCAUCUUCGCCAUCAACCCCCUGACGGCCUACAACAAGACCUCCGUCGAGGCCAAGGCCAUCCUCCAGCCCUUCCUCGACGUCCUUGCCGACCUCGGUAUCCCCUACUCCUCCUCCGCCACCGACUACAGCUACCGCGACCACUACAACAAGUGGAUGGGCCCUCUCCCCUACGGCCACGUCGCUGUCGAGUCCUACAACUUUGGCUCUCGUCUGGUGCCUCGCUCCGUCCUCUCUGACACCACCGCCCGCGCCGGCUACGUCGAUGCGAUCCGCUACGGCGCCGACAAGUACGGCGUGCUCUCCGCCGGUGUCGCCCUCAACGCGAGCGCCCCCGCUGGCGUCGACAACGCUGUCAACCCUCACUGGCGCAACGCCGCCAUCCACGUUCAGUACUCCACCGCCUGGAGCAACGACCCCGCCAACUGGAACCAGAUGGUCUCUGACCAGAAGCGCAUGACGGAGGACAUCAUGCCGCCCAUCGAGGCCGCCACCCCCGGCAGCGGCAACUACGUCAACGAGGCCGACUUCAACAUGGAGAACUGGAAGGAGGCCUUCUUCGGCGGCAACUACGACCGUCUCUUGGAAAUCAAGAAGAAGUGGGAUUCCACUGGCGUCUUUUACGCGCUUAAGACGGUCGGUAGCGACGCGUGGAACGUUGCGGCCGACGGCAGAAUGUGCCGCGCAUAA